ACAAGGUCAUGUCUGCCUUUAAAUUAGUAGAAAAAUGAAUAUGUCAUGCUUGUUGCUAACAGGCUUUUACGGGCUAAUUUUGGUUCCAGCCGCGAAACGUCACAACAUUUAUUCACUCGUAUAAGACGUUUGUGUAUAUGAAGCUAACAGGACGUAGCGGUUAGCUGCUAUACUAAGAAUGAAGAGCAAUGAAACCUGGGCAUUCCACAUGGAGGAAAUGUACUUGAAGGAGACUGUCACAGAUGGUACAACACAUACAUUGGACUCAGGCACACAGAAGCAGGAGCAAUGAAAGAAGCAAGGCAGGGAGAGAGUGAAUGUGACAUUCUCUAUGAGGACCCGGACUUUCCCCCUGAUGACUCAUCUCUGUUCUCGGAUUGCUCCACACCCAUUGCCAGGUUGCAAGGAGCUAUCACCUGGCGACGCCCACAGGACGUUUGCUGCUCACCAGCUUUAUUUCCUGACAACAUCGACUCGGGUUAUGCUAAGCAAGGCUUAUUAGGAGACUGCUGGUUUCUCUGUGCGUGCACUGCCUUGCUCAAGAACAAACAUUUACUGAACAAGGUGUUGCCUCCACAGCAACCCCAGUGGGGUGACAGCAGGUACAAGGGAUCCUUUCAGUUUCGCUUUUGGCAGCAGGGCCACUGGACAGAUGUGACCAUCGAUGAUUUUCUGCCCUGCAUUCAUUCCACUCUGUGCUUCUCGAGGUGUCACUCUCAGAAUGCCUUUUGGGUAGCGCUGUUGGAGAAAGCAUAUGCCAAACUUCAUGGCUCAUAUGAGCGACUGUGGGCAGGGCAGGUAUCCGAGGCCCUGGUGGACUUAACUGGUGGCCUCGCUGAACGCUGGAGCCUGGCAGACUUUGGAUCAGAGGAAGAACCUACAGGAGGACAAGACAGUGACUGUGUCAGGAGUAGAAGGUUGGACUUGAACCUUCUGUAUCCAGUGAAAGAUGAAAGUGUGCUCAGCUGUUCCACUCACAACAGCCCUGGAGGUGCCAGUGAGCUGGCUCAGUACCAUGCUCUGACUGUCUUGGAGUGGUUGGAUGUGAGGACCCUAGCAGGUACCCAGAUACGGCUUCUCAGGAUCAGAAACCCAUGGGGAAGAUGCUGCUGGGGAGGGGCCUGGAUAGGGAGUGGUACAGGAUGGAGUUCUGUGGACCCUGUUUGUGCCUUGGAUUUACGGUCCAGAAUAUCUGAGGGCGAGUUUUGGUUGGAUGAGACCGAAUUCCUCUCCCAAUUUGAAGAUGUCACAUUGGGCUACCCGAUCAAUGAUGAAGGACACCUAAAGAGUAUUUAUACUGGGAAUCUGCUAACACACACCUGUCAGCUGGCUGGCCGGUGGUUGAAAGGGCACUCCGCUGGCGGUUGCAGAAACAGUAGCAGCUACAGCAGCAACCCGAAGUUCUGGCUGAAAGUGUGUGAGAAAGGUGAAGUGCUGGUUUCCCUGUUACAGCACAGAAAGUGGAGGAACACUGAGAAAUGCACACGAACGGCCCCCGAGAACAGAAAGAACACAAAGCACCAGCACUAUCAUGCCAUCGGUCUGCACAUGUGGAAGGUAGAGAAGAAGCGUUUUAAUCUGUGCCGAAUGGUGAACAAACAUCCUUGUACUUCUACUCACUGCCACGCCUAUGAGAGGGAGGUGCUUCUUCACGGGCUGCUGGAGCCCGGAUACUACCUGCUGAUCCCCAGCACCUUCCAGCCAGGAGCUGAGGCCCACUUCCUCAUCAGGGUCUUUUCAUCCUCUCCCACAUCCUUUAGUGCACUUAAAAGUCCAGCACCUUCACUGCCAGUAACAACCAACGGAGAGUGGGAAACCACUUACUUCAGAGGCACGUGGGAAGUGGGAAGGACAGCAGGAGGAAGUAGGAACUUUGUCUCUCACUGGCAGAACCCGUGCUUCAAUUUUACAUUGUGUGAUGAGCCAGCAAUAACCUCAGGAGUAAAUGUCAGGAUUACCCUGCACCAGAGCCGCCCUGACUCUGAUCUGUAUCCUAUUGGUUUUCACAUUUACAAGGUCCCAGAAGGGCAGACUGAGUUAGCAUUACCCAGGAGUGAAGAUCCUGUGGCCAGCUGUGUCCCACACUGCCACACCCAGAAUGUCAGCCUGACCUGUUCUCUUACUCCUGGACUUUACACCAUAGUGCCCUCCACGUAUCACCCCGACUGUUCAGGCAGCUUCACUCUCACCCUGGCUCACCAAUUAUACAGGAAAGUGGUGAAAAGUCAGGAGAGUCUGGGGAGAGUAAUUCAAGAGGUCUCUCACAUCUCCAUGAUGCAAAGCUAGCUGAGGCUCUUCCUGCCACACACUUGGCGGCGAUUAUAACAUCAGAGGUUGCCAGUGGGUUGGACUGGUAAUGAAGUAUGACGGGACUGGCCGGUGUAAACAAACAGGCCAUUGAAGAAGGCCGCCGCUGCUCUUGUACAUUCACUUGCUGGUGCUCUGGUCGGCCCAGAACAAAGGGGCCUCUCAUGAAGAUCCUCACAGAAGCAAAGCGAUAAAGUGACAAGAGGAUGGUCUCCAACAGGCGAGCCAGCCAAACCUCCACACAGCAUACUGUGCCAGAGUUUUCCUUCCUUCUGCCAAAGUCAUCUUCUGACCUGCUCCGGCAAAAGAGGUUGGCAGAUGUUUUCUCAGAUCUUCAUGCCCAAAACCUGCCCAAAAUUUUUAACCCUAAAACCAGUGUGCUUGACUCUGUCCUCAGUCCACAGCUCAGUUUUUAUUAUGUCAGUAUUGGUCCCACAGCUCUGCUUGGACCUGAACAGACGCGCUGUUUGAAGUUGCUGCGAGAACAAGCUGAGGGAUGAAAGGGAUGAAACAAGGGAAGCGGCACAUCAGAGGAGGCUAGUUCAUAUGAUGAAGUUGCCAGCCCUAUUUGUGCUUGGAUUGUGUGUGUGUGCGUGCGUGCAUACGCGUGUGCACGCGCCUGUCUGUUUGUCACCAUGUCCAGGCAAAAAGAUUUUGCUGAGUCACACGGUUUCUGAUUGCUGCUUCAGCUGAGCCACUGUUAAAGACUUGAAAAGCUGUUCUUAACUUU